AUGCCGUAUAAAAUAGCCUGGCGCCGACGCCGGGAGUGUCAGAGCACAUCCGGUGUUGGGAGAGCUGCCAGGCUCUUGAGAGGAGGGCUACGAAGAGCAGAGGCUGUGUCCCACAGACUCGGGAACCAUGAACGUGUUUGAUCGGAAGAUCAAUUUUGAUGCGCUCUUCAAGUUUUCCCACAUAACCCCCUCGACACAGCAGCACCUGAAGAAGGUCUAUGCCAGCUUUGCCCUCUGUAUGUUUGUGGCGGCUGCCGGGGCCUAUGUCCACGUGGUCACUCACUUCAUUCAGGCUGGCCUGCUGUCCGCGUUGGGCUCCCUGGGGUUGAUGAUGUGGCUGAUGGCGACCCCUCACAGCCAUGAGACUGAGCAGAAAAGACUGGGACUCCUGGCUGGAUUUGCUUUCCUUACAGGAGUUGGCCUGGGCCCUGCUCUGGAGCUGUGCAUUGCCAUCAACCCCAGCAUCCUGCCCACAGCCUUCCUGGGCACGGCCAUGAUCUUCACCUGCUUCACCCUGAGCGCUCUGUAUGCCAGACGCCGCACCUACCUCUUCCUGGGAGGUAUCUUGAUGUCAGCCAUGAGCCUGAUGCUCUUGUCUUCCUUGGGUAACCUUUUCUUUGGAUCCAUUUGGCUGUUCCAGGCAAAUCUGUACAUGGGGCUGGUGGUCAUGUGUGGCUUUGUCCUUUUUGAUACUCAACUCAUUAUUGAAAAGGCUGAAAAUGGAGAUAAGGAUUAUAUCUGGCACUGCGUUGACCUCUUCCUGGAUUUCAUUACUCUGUUCAGGAAGCUCAUGAUGAUCCUGGCUAUGAAUGAGAAGGACAAGAAGAAAGAGAAGAAGUGAGCGCACGGCCUUCCCAGCUCCACUCCCUCGCCCUCAUCCCCCCCGCACUCAUUACAGGUGGCGUGCUCUGUGAUAAUGAAAAGCAUCAGAAAAGCUUUUGUACUUUGUGGUUUUCUCUAUUUUGGAUUUUUUGAUCAACAAACUGAUUAGCAGAACAUAGUUUGGAGUUUGGCUUCGUAUUCCUGGGGUUCUUCACUUCUUCUCUGUCAGCCCCGUCCUUAGCCCCUUCCUCCGCUCAGCAGCCAGUCCAGUGAGGAGUGGGAGCCCCGGCCGCCGUGCUCUGUGCCUCUCCACGGGUGCUGGGACUGUUGGGCAGAGCUGGCCAGCUGCCCUCACUGUUGGAUUUGUGUGCUGUUGCACGGGACUGGGCAGCGUGGUUUUCUUUGGAAAGAAGGUUGCUGGUCCCGUUGCUAACUGAGGCUUGUAACAUGAGAGAACGUCAAGACCUUCUGGUGGACACUCUGCUGCUUCUAGACCGCCCGGCUGGCAAGCACUCCCCGCCUCAGCCUCCUGAGGGAGCCCGGCUUCGUGUGCAUUCCGUUCCCACCCCCUCCCGACCCUCAGGGCACCUGCCGGCUCUCUGCUGGCACAGGAGGAUUCCAGCAGAAAGGGAAGACGCGUCUGCAUCCCCCACCUCGUGCGCUUGUUGAAACCCUGGGCGUUGCCACAGCUCCAGAAGCGUCUUUUGGGUCGCUGUGGUUAGCCGUUACAGGAGAGGAAGGCCAGGGGAGGGGAGAGGCCGAGCCCUGGCACAAAGCAUGUCAGACGCAGAGAGGGCUCUGCUGAGGUGGCACACACAGAGCCUGCCAGCGGAGCAGGGCCAUGGUGACCCUGCAGCUUCCUAGCGGCCCGUGGCGCGUGUGCUCAGCCGGGCGCCGGUGGAUAGUGUCAGACCGGCUGCUCGGGCACUUAAUGAUGUCUGCUUUACAGAUGCACUUUAGCUUUGGAUCCGGUCACCUGUUAGCAGAAUGCGGUAACCGUCUAGGCAGGCUCCAGGCGCCUGGCCCAGGGAGAGCCCAGUCCUGCAGCUUUGUGGCUGGGCAGUGCUGCAGGCUGCCCCCUCAGCUGGCAGCGGCCGAGGCCUGCCCGAGAGGCCGUCCGCAGUCAGCGUUUGGGGCUUUUCUGUCUGCAGUCCUCGCAGCCACAGUGGCGGCUCCCUGUGUGCCACGGGACUGGCGUCCCGGGAGGCUUGUUCCCAGGCUGCUACGUCGCCGGCAGGAUUCACUCCCUCUGACCCAGCUGCUGCCUGCAGCCCCCGGCGUGAGGACCUUUCUGGGGGGUCUUCCUUCCCGUCGGGCCCCCAUUAGCAACUCAGAACAUCCGGGAUUCUCUGCCAGGCUUGAGACUCUGAAUGA